CGAAAAAGAAAAAGGACUACUUCAAAACGGAGAUUGCCUCAAUGGCGCUACCUAUGCUGUCACAGACACAAAAAUGAGUCCUCUAUCUAUCUCUAUGGUUCAAGCCAUUACCUCAGUGGGUGCAUCCAUCGAGCUAGAUUGGAUAUAGCUAGCUAACGGUAGUAAAUGUAUUAAUCUACGUUUAGGUAAAACGUGACUGUAUACGCAAGAGUAUUGGUGCGGAUAACGGUUAACAUUACCUAUCCGUUAACUUCGGAAAGAAGCAGAUUUCCUCAUUCCAGCCAGAAAAGCUAACGUAACGCUUAUUUUCUAAGGUGAUAAACUAAUGACCUUUUGACAUCUAGCAAAAUGGAAUAUUCUGUUAGUUAUAAGUAGCGUUCUAUUGUUUUGUGGAACGUAAAUAAUAACAGGUUUUCCUGUCUGCCUUGGCUAGCACAAUACCUCCCACAGAUACGGGUUCUACGGGAAAUGGUCGACGUUCUCAUGUGUCCAUGGAGAAGGCGGCCUUUGAGGGGUGGCUGGAGUCGGUCUCCGCCUAUUUCCUCACACUGAGUGACCAGCAGCGCAACCAGUCCCUGGACCAACUCAUCUCGCUGAGCGGUGCAGUCCAGCUGCGGCACCUGUCCAACGGACUGGAGGCGCUGCUCAAGCGGGACUUCCUGCGACUGCUGCCCCUGGAGCUCACCUUCUACUUGCUGCACUGGCUCGACCCGCAGACCCUGCUCACCUGCUGCCUGGUGUGCAAGCAGUGGAAUAAGGUGAUCAGUGCGUGCACGGAGGUGUGGCAGGGUGUGUGCCAGGACCUGGGCUGGCGCAUCGACGACUCCAUCCAGGACGCGUCCCACUGGAAGGGUAUCUACCUCAAGGCCAAGCUGCGCAUGAUGCAGUUGAAGGACCAGGAGGCCUUUGAGACCUCAUCGCUCAUCGGGCACAGUGCGCGCGUCUACGCCCUCUACUACAAGGACGGCCUUCUCUGCACAGGCUCUGAUGACCUUUCUGCCAAACUGUGGGACGUCCGCACCGGGCAGUGCAUCUACGGCAUUCAGACACACACCUGUGCCACAGUGAAGUUUGAUGAGCAGAAGCUGGUGACUGGGUCCUUUGACAACACUAUCGCCUGCUGGGAGUGGAGCACAGGUGCCAAGAUCCAGCAGUUCCGUGGGCACACGGGUGCAGUGUUCAGCGUGGACUACAAGGAUGACCUGGACACGCUGGUGAGCGGCUCGGCCGACUUCUCUGUGAAGGUGUGGUCCCUGUCGGCAGGCGCCUGCCUCAACACCCUCACGGGACAUACUGAGUGGGUCACCAAGGUGAUUCUUCAGAAGAGUGAAGUAGAAUCCAUGGUGCACUGUCCUGGUGACUACAUUCUGUUGAGUGCUGACAAAUAUGAAAUAAAGGUUUGGCCUAUAGGCAGGGAAAUCAACUGCAAGUGCUUGAAGACCUUGUCCGUGUCAGAGGACCGUAGUGUGUGUCUGCAGCCUCGCCUGCAGUUUGACGGCCGCUAUGUCGUUUGUAGCUCGGACCUGGGGGUCUACCAGUGGGACUUUGCCAGCUUCGAUAUCCUCAGGGUCAUCAAAACGCAGGACCCCGCCAACCUUUCCCUGCUCAGCUUCGGCGAGGUGUUCUCGCUCCUCUUCGACACCGACUUCCUGUAUGUCAUGGACCUGAGGACAGAAAAGAUAACGGGUCGUUGGCCUCUGCCUGCCUACAGGAAGUCCAAACGAGGUUCCAGCUUCCUGCCGGGAGUCACCUCCUGGCUCAAUGGGCUGGAUGGGCGAAAUGACUCUGGCCUCGUGUUCGCCACGAGCAUGCCUGACCAUAGCAUUCACUUGGUUCUGUGGAAAGAAAACCGAUAAAGAUAGCUAUCGACGAAACCUACGAGGGCUAGGUUGUCAAUUGCCAUGUAAACAGGGUGCUCUGACUUUCGAAACCCAACAUCAAGUUAGAUAAUGCAUGGGCCAAAGUUGUUUUACCUUUUUUUUUUCCUCGACACAUGCUCUCAUACAUACACGCAUCAUGUGACAUGCUGUCAGAUAGAGUAUUGGAGAUGGCUUCACCAACCAUAAGACGCACCAAAACGCUGCUAUGAAUACAAGGCCCAGUUCAGAGGGCCAAGGCAGCAGUUGGUUUUAGUUCCAACCCUGCCAUGGGUCUUCUCACUUUGAAGGAAAUACAAGGACCGGGACGGUGGCUGAAUGAAGACCGAACUCUCGAAAAACUGCAUGUUCUACAACCAUUAGACAGUGACAAUUUUAUAAAAACAUUGCAAAACAAGUCAGGCUCUACAGCUGUAGACAUUUCCCCUGUGUUACAAUGUAUCAGGACUUUUAAACUUCGGACAAGGUUCUUCAAGCAGUUACGAGGCGGGAAGUUGCCUUAAAACAAUACUUUGUUACAAGAAAGUACAUCUAUGACUUUGGCACAGUGUAUUCUACGUUUUUCCUAGACUGUCACCAACCAUCCCCAUGAGAGUUUUAUGUUGAAAUGUUCAAAGUGGUUUGGUGCAUCGGAUUUCUACCAUGUGAAGCGUUGUUGGAUAUUCAAUGUAAAUCCAUUGUUUGAUAAUGCUUUUCUUAGGGGUGCUUGUUUUAAAAGUCAACUUGACAUUAAGUUGUGCCUUUUCAUUUGAUUUGAAUAUUCACCUAGGUGUGACAAAUCAAGCUAGAACUUCAUUAUUACCAGGCACAUUGCAAUGAGAUAAUGAAUGUGUGGUAAUUGUGUAUAUAUAUUUUUAUCUUUCGUACUCUCCAUACUAUAACCAACCGCAUACAAUGUAUUUCUAAACUUACUAGGCUUGUCACAAUACCAACAUUUUACAAACCAUUUUUACAUCAGGCCAAGUAUCAUGAUGCCACGUUGUAAAAAUAAUAAGUGGCCGAGCAUCCUGUUCGCCCUGUCCCUCGGAAGCUUGUUUCCUAAACGUUCUCCAAAAACCUGUCACUGUAAUUCACACAUUGAAUUUAACUUCACACUGUUUAGUGUAUAAUAGAAUGGCUGACUUGGUCAUAUUUGGCUGGAGGAAUAUACAUGCAUAAUGAUCUGCAUGUCUUUACAUUUUAGUCAUUUAGCAGAUGCUCUUAUCCAGAGCGACUUACAGUAGUGAAUGCAUACAUUUAAUACAUUUUUUUUGUCAGUAAGGGGAAAACACUGCUUGAAACCUUUACAUGCUGACCAGACCGGACACAUCGCGUGCGCGAGCGUCGCAAAAUAAAUUUAGAAAUCAAUGUUAUUCAAAUAUUGCACCCACACUGCUCGCGUGCGCCAACUAGCGUCUGCGAUGCCAAGGGCUAAAAUAGAACUCCUCCCAUCUCCUCAAUGGUUUAUAGAAGCAGGUACCCACGUGCCAUCUCCUCAUUGGUUAUGAUUGAAAGACAACUGUUUUGCCGGUCAUCGUGGUAAUACUAUGAAAGUUUAGAUGCGAUCACCAUAUAAGUUCAAAGAUGAAAAAGCCUGGAAGGAGGAGAGAUGACUAGAAACGAUUGGGUUGGCCGUUUUAUCUGUGGCUUGUCGGAGUAGAGGACCUUGUGCAUUUCAGGUAAAAUUACAACAAUGUUUAUAUCCCAGGACAAAUUAUAUAGCAAUAGCAAGCUAGCUAAAUAGGACAAAUUAGCUAGCAAGUGCAAGCUAAAUUGCCAUACAUGUUUAAUGCUUUUCGACCUGUCCCCAAAUGAAUGUCAUUGGUUCAGAGUUUGUUUUGAUAUUUUAACCUGUGUGUCGUGAUCAUGUUUGCUGUUGGGGGACAAAAUAAAUGUAUGCACGAUGGCGCACGUGCGCAGCCGGUUUGGGUUCCGUGUAAUUACUCUUCAGUUAAGACACUUCCUCACGCUCAUACACAACUCUCCCUGCAACAAACACACAUACUCCCAUGCUAACAACUUUUAAAAGGAUAGGCACCAAACAGAAUUUAAGGAAUACCAGAAAGUAAUCGAUUUUUUUUAUAUAGUUUAGGCCUAUAUGAAUCCUACCUUUUGAAGCACAUGUCAUGAGUAGCAAACUCUUUUCCUUUCUUCCUGUGCCAAUCAAAUGUGCCUAAGCCUACUGUCAAUUACCAGGUUGUUGGCUAGCUAGAUAACAUGAUUGAACGUUGUUUGUAUCAAACCAAUAAUUAGCAACCCGGGAUUAGUUUAAAACGGCCCACGACAUGGUUUGUGAAAUUACAUAAAAUGCGGCGAAUCCCGAUAGGAAGGGGAAAAAAGGCAUUCCGUUAAUAAUAUGGGUAAUAUUUUUUGAACGUUUAGGCCAACUAAAGACGACGUUUUUUGUUGUUCCUGUAAAGCAUGCCUGUCUCGAAAGGGUGCUCCAUUUCACCUCUGACACGGCAUGCCUGUGAACUACUCGGACUGGUUUGUGCUCUCGGUAAUAACAGGCGAUGAAUUGUAUUCAACAUUGCUCGCUACUCCAAAGUAACAAAUGUACACAUCUAACAGAAGACUCGUCUGCUUCCUCGCUCGCCAUCGACUAUAUAUUUUUUAAACUGACGGAGGAAUAGACGUGCUUGAAGAGCGGACAGAGAGAAGCAGGUGAGUGAGGGCUGUUAGUGGAUGCAACGCACUGAUUACAGCUGCGACACCUGAUACGCGAAUGACAGAAGUGGAUAUCAUUGGACCUGCGCAUACAAGAGACUAGUUAGUGGCUGUUGCUUAAAUUCAACUGAAUCUAUUAACAAAAUUGACUUUAAACAUUUAAACAUGACUUUAAACAGGCGCCAGCAGGCUCUUUAGAUCGGCAGGGCUGAACAAGUCGGUAGUAUCGUGAAACGGUACAAUGGGGUUCUAAAAUGUUGGUAUUAUAAAGAUCAUCCGUUUUGGUACCUUUUAUUACCGGUAUACCGUGCAACACAAUCUUGCCGCCAUUUACCCCACAUGAUUCACUUGAAUAUUUCUUGUGAAUUGCAGUAUUGGAGUAUAGACCAGGUAAAUGUUUUUGUUACAGGAUUUUAAGUUGGGACAAUGUGAAUGAGAGUGAGCAAUUGGUUAACAGCUUGGGAGUCAAAGCAAGACUUGACUCUCAGCUAUGUUUUACAGUGACAUUCGGUUCAGCAGUGUACUUAGCAGACCGAGUCACUAAUUUAAGAGCAAAUCCCCAUCCAUGCAGUUUUUAAAUGUCCAUUUCAACACUUAGAUAUGUGAUUUUCUCUAAAGAUAACAUUGGUUGCUCAGAGGUGAAUUUAGCCCAGAAAUGUUUUAAUACUCUGAAAGAGACCUCAAACAUAUCAGGAGUCUUCCCAGUUAAGUGGAAAAGACCGGAUAGAUUUUACACCAAGGCUAUAUCUGAAAAUGUUAAUGGCUGUUAAAUGCAUGCUUCUUCCAUUCUUGUUUCAUCAAUUCCUUGCCCUCCCUCUCAAAGCUCAUUGGGGGAGGUCUGAGGGAGGGACCUAGGAUCUUCUCCAAUGCACUUUGAAAGGUAAGAGGUAGUUGAGGAAACAAGGAUGGAGGCAGCAAGGAUUUGACAGCUAGUAACAUUUUCAGACAGUCUAUGCUUCCCUUCUCCCAAGGAUUCCUGAACUGCACUCUGAAGUUCUGUAAUCUGUACAGACAAGUAGCUCUCCUGCCAUUCUGUUGAUGCCUUACUAAGCAGAUGGCGAAUGGUAUGGUAAACCUAGACAUUUUUGCUGAUACAAUCUCAUGUUUCAUUAGUUCAAACAAGGCCUCUGAGGUCAGACCUCUACAUGCAUUGCACUGUAAUAGCAUCACACAACCAACCAAUCUUUUUUUCACUUGCAUACAUCAAUCAGCUUAAUUCAGGUAUGUUGGUUGUAUAUAACAAUGUUGCUGUCUUUCAAAUAAAUGGAAGUUGCUAACUUUAA